AUGUUUCGUCCUACAAGAGAAGAGGUAGGAGUUCAAGAAUCAACGGAUGAGAAGGAUGAUAGUUCAGCAAAGACUUGGAACGGCAAACAGUCUGGGUGCGAGCUCCAACGCUCUGUUGCUUUCGAGAUGAAUGUCACGUCCAUAUCGCAGUUGUUCGCUGUGGUGAUACUUUCGGAGUUCCUGGUAACAAAUUCUGCUGCAUUUUUCUUCUCGUCGCUUCUGUCGAAGACAACAACACAGAGAAAUAUUCUAUCGUCACAGAAAUUUGACGAUGCAGACGGGAAUAAACAGAAGCCUCAUAUUAUCAUUAUUCUUGCCGAUGAUAUGGGAUGGAACGACGUGAGCUUUCAUGGAUCAGAUCAGAUCCCUACGCCAAACAUCGACGCCCUCGCGUACAACGGCGUCAUCUUAAAUAAUCAUUAUGUUCCUGCAUUGUGCACGCCUAGCAGAUCUGCCCUAAUGACUGGAAAAAAUCCGAUUCAUCUUGGCAUGCAACAUUCUGUUCUUUUCCCGGGCGAACCGCGCGGACUUCCAUUGAACGAAAAACUACUACCCGAGUUCUUGAAAGAGGUAGGCUACAGAACCCACGCCGUCGGUAAAUGGCAUCUAGGAUUCUUUAGAAAAGAGUACACUCCUACGUAUCGUGGUUUCGACUCUCAUUUCGGCUACUGGAAUGGCCUCCAAGAUUAUUACACGCACAUUACUCAAGAACCGGAUCCGCAAUUCAGCGAGUUUCGUGGUUUCGACAUGCGACGAAAUCUGUCGGUCGCUUGGGAAACUGCGGGAAAAUACUCGACCGAUCUGUUCACGACCGAAGCGGUGAGAUUAAUCAAUGAACAUAACGCGACUGAACCGAUGUUCCUGUAUCUGGCUCAUUUGGCACCACACAAAGGAAAUCAAAAUCAGCUUCUGCGCGCACCUGACGAUGAAAUUGCCAAGUUCACGUACAUUCUAGAUCCUGAAAGGAGAAUUCAGGCUGCCGUUGUAUCGAAAUUAGAUCAGAGUGUCGGCGAAGUGAUGGACGCACUGAGGAGCCGUGGAAUGUUGGAGAACAGUAUAGUGUUGUUCAUGAGUGACAAUGGCGCACCGACAGAAGGUUUGCUGAGCAAUCAGGGCAGCAAUUAUCCGCUCCGCGGCAUGAAGGAUAGCCCAUGGGAAGGCGGGAUUCGAGGCGUGGCGGCUAUAUGGAGCCCGUUGAUCAUGAAACCGAAACGAGUUUCGAAUCACAUGAUGUUCGUGUCUGAUUGGCUUCCUACGUUGCUGUCUGCAGCAGAAGUCAGCAAGGAGCAUCUUAAAAACAUCGACGGACACGAUCUGUGGCCGACUUUAGUAUUGGACAAGCUUAGUUCUCGACCCGAGAUUGUGAUCAACAUCGAUGACCUUGAUAAUUACGCUGCUGUCAGGCGGGGCGAUUUCAAAUACGUUAUCGGCCAAACGGAAACUGGUGGCGCCUGGGUAGGCGCGAGCGGCCAGUCCUCUGAAGGCAUUCCUCCAGAAUACAAACCUAACAGAGUGUUGCACAGCAAAACGGGUGUCGCUAUCUCGGGCGUUAUAACUGCCAGGCAGGCGGUGGAAUUGAACGGACGAAGGAAAAGAAGCGUAAAGAACGCGGACGGUGCUGCUUUAACAAGGAAUUUCCGUGAGAGGAUACUCACCGCUGAUGAAAUAUUGGAGUUACGACGCAGAGCGGAAAUAAAGUGUAAUGUCAGAGAGGAAGACAAGGUCUCUUGCGAUCCCAUGAAAGCACCCUGCCUCUUCAAUAUAGAGAAGGACCCUUGCGAAAUGGUGAACCUCGCUGAUAAGAGACCGCUAAUCCUGGCCAUAUUGGAAAAGAUUCUACUGAAGCACAGACUCUCGGUGGUGCCUCCUAGCAAUCGUGACGGUGAUCCAAAAUCAAAUCCAUCGUUAUGGAACAACACAUGGACCAGUUGGGACGAUCCGAAUCCGUUAGCACUGAGUUACAGAAACGCGAGUGAAACUCGAUCGUAUUCUGGGCCAGCGGUAGCUCUGAUGUCCGUCAUUGUGAGCCUUUUUAUCAUCGGUGUGGUGACGUUACUUGCUCUGAAGUGUGGAAAAUCGGUUUCAAAGCAGAUUCUGGAUCAGAAUGGUCAUAAAACGAUAGUAUGUUCUGGAACUAGCGAAGAAGAGUCGUAUUCGAUAAGUAAGCUAUUAGAGACCAAGAAAAAUGGCGUAGUUCGAUGCAAUGACAGAACUUGA